GCGCUAAAAACAACUACUUUUGAAACCAAUUCUCAUAAUAAAAGUGUAGUUUCCGUAGUUGCAAGUAUAGCAUAUUAUUGUAGAUUAUAGCUCAUUUUAGUUUUUUUAUCUUUAUGAUAUAGGCGUAAAAUAUAAGGUUUUAUUUGCUAACAUAAAAUAGUAUUUAUAACUGUUUCGAAAUUUUUAAUCUGUAAAGUUGUUUUAGAAAAAGAAAGGAAUUUGUUUUGCCAACUACACCAAAUAUGGUGUAAUAUGGUAGAAACCAUCCAAUAUUUCAAUGUAUUAGAAUAUGUCGAUAACUAUACCAUGUUUAUGUUAAUAUAUGCCAUAUAUACAAAACAACAAUUAAUACGGUGACAACAACAUCAUAAUCAGGUUAAUUAAUUUUAAGCUUAGUUAAUGGGAUUAAUCUGUAAUAUGAUAAACUUAAAACCAACUAAAGCAAGCCCGACCCGACCCAACUUACUAAAUCUGACCAGACUGCGAUUUACCUUAGGAUUUUUCCCAAAUAAAAAAUUAUGGAUUAUAAAGAAAAAAAUUGAUUUGGGGGGAAAAGAAGUCAUGCUGAGAGGGAAAUAGUCAAUUUUAGAGACAUAGAGAGUCGAUUCCUUUAAUAUUCCUUCGUAACACAAAGAGAGUGAAUUGAUUUUCUUUAGAGAGAGAGAGACACACACACAAUGAGGUAACAAUGUCUUUCAUAAUGAGGUAACACAUACUUGCCAUACAACAGGGAAGUGUGAACUCAUCAAAAUCCCUGUCAUUCUCGAAACUAUGUUGGAACAAAUCAUAAAGAAACCUGAUAUGAAUGCUCCAAUGAUUAGAGAGGAGUUGAGGAAUAGGUUCAACAUCAUAAUCUCUUAUGAGUAAACAAAGAUAGCUAGGCGUAUUGUUCUUGAGAAGCUUCAGGCUUAUGAACCCUAAAAGAACUUUUCUUAUGAACCCUAAUUUUUUUUAUUUGGGCAAAAAUAAGUGACUUUAAUCCAACACGUGUCGGGUUUAAGUUAAUCGGUUUUAAGUUUAUUAUAUUACAGAUUGACCCCAUCAAUAAGUCAUAAGAUCAAUUAAACUUGAUUAUGAUGUUGUCACCAUAUUAAUUGUUACUUCAUAUAUGUUACAGGUAUUAACAUAAAUGUUGUGUAAUUAUCAAUAUAUUCUAAUACAUUGUAUGAUUUUCACCAUAUUAUACCAAUACUUGCUGUAGCUGGCGAACAUUUUUUCCAAAAAGAAAGAUUUAAGCUUAUUUUUUUUUCAUUUGCAUUUCCACAGAGACUUUUUAGCUUAGUAAACUCAAGGCAUAUGUGCUUCAAUCAAAAUUCUAAUUGACACUAAUUUGAAUAGUGAUUAAGUUUUAAAAAAAUUGGAAGACAACUAAAUACUCUAUCUGAUGAGUGGUAGGUCUCCAUCUCCCAUGAGGAUGUUGAAUCAGUUGCGGAGUUUUAUUGUCUUUUCCGUGCUUCGUGGAUCACCACUCUUACCUCAAACCAUCAAUUUAUUUCUAACACGAAAGAAAAGAAAAUAGAUCCUAAAAAAAGCUAACAUCCUAAAUUUUGAUUUACUAAUUUCUUAUUUGGAAUGUUUUUAAUCCUUAAAUCCAAGACAAACGUUUGUUUUUAAUAAAUUUGUUUAAUUUCAAAACCAAAAGAGAGAGAUUUUUGGUCUGUUAUAUGUUUGUAAUAACGACCCGUCAGUACUUCUGUAAAAGUUGUAUUAUCUUUAGAUCAGCUGGAUUUUAAAGGCAUAAAGGUGUUUAACUUGCGAGGCAAGAAAACAAGCGAACGUUGUCGUACCAUGGUUGCAGCGUUGGAACGAGGACUAAGCGCUUCUAAGUCAUUCAAUUUCAAAAGAAUGUUUGAAUCAUCAUCGACAAAACAUCAACAACCUCAAACAAUUGUUAUAGAGAACGGAGAUUCACAUCUUGUCGAAUCCAACACGCCUGAAAGCCAAAACUCCGAUAGCUUGUCAGAAAGCCCCGUUGAGAGCAUCCCUCCGAUGAUUUCUCCUCUUAACCGGCCAGGAAAACGACCUGAUAGACAACAAGCAGAUACGGAGAUGUUGAAGGACAGGUUUGCGAAAUUACUUCUUGGAGAAGAUAUGUCCGGUGGCGGAAAAGGUGUAUCUUCUGCUCUGGCUCUUUCUAACGCCAUCACAAAUCUUGCUGGUACAUCUUUUUCUUUUAACUUUCCUCGUUUGAAGCAAGUGACUAUUGAGGUAAUCUUAUUGAUUUCUGUAUAUUCUGAUGAUCGAUGGUGCAAUCGAUUUUCAGCGUCUAUAUUCGGAGAACAAACAAAGCUACAACCGAUGCCGCAAGAUAGACAAGCAAGGUGGAAGAAAGAGAUCGAUUGGUUGUUGUCUGUGACCGAUCACAUCGUCGAGUUUGUUCCUUCUCAGCAAAUGAGCAAAGAUGGAGUUUGCACCGAGAUUAUGGUGACAAGACAAAGAGGUGAUCUUCUCAUGAACAUCCCAGCCUUGAGAAAACUCGACGCCAUGCUCAUCGAUACACUUGACAAUUUCAAAGGACACAAUGAGUUUUAUUACGUGUCGAGAGAUUCAGAAGAAGGGAAACAAGCAAGUAAUGCUAGGUCAAACGACAAAUGGUGGCUUCCUCCGGUGAAAGUUCCUCCAGGCGGUUUAUCUGAACCGGCUAGGAGAAUGCUUUACUUCCAGAAAGAUUCAGUCACACAGGUCCAAAAAGCUGCAAUGGCCAUUAAUGCUCAAGUUCUCUCCGAAAUGGCAAUACCCGAGAGCUACAUCGACUCUCUCCCGAAGAACGGAAGAGCUAGCCUUGGGGACUCGAUCUACAAGAGCAUAACAGAGGAGUGGUUUGAUCCAGAGCAGUUCUUGUCAAUGUUGGACAUGUCGACAGAGCACAAAGUGUUGGAUUUGAAGAAUAAGAUUGAGGCAUCUGUUGUGAUAUGGAAGAGGAAGCUUCACGUGAAGGACAGCAAAUCUUCAUGGGGAUCAGCAGUUAGCUUGGAGAAAAGAGAAUUGUUCGAAGAGAGAGCAGAGACCAUUUUGGUCUUACUCAAACAAAAAUUUCCCGGUCUUCCUCAGUCUUCUCUUGACAUCUCCAAGAUUCAGUUUAACAAGGACGUUGGACAAGCGGUGUUGGAGAGUUACUCGAGGAUACUUGAGAGCUUGGCUUACACGGUGAUGUCGAGGAUAGAAGAUGUUCUUUACACAGAUUCUUUGGCACUAAAGGAAACUUUAUUGGCUGAAGAAACAUCAGAUGGUGGGAGAACAACGGAAACGGAUUCAGAGUCAGCGGGAUCUUCCAACUCGGGGGAAGAAACCGAGAAGCUUGACCCACGCUACUCUAAGACCUUGUUGGAUUUCAUGGGUUGGAGUGACAAUAGUUCCAAAAGCAGCGAUAAACCUACUAAAUCCCCAGGUCUUACGCCGAAAAAAUUCUCCUACUUGGAGAAUUUGAAUGGUUUUAGAAGUCCCAAAGCUAGACAUUGAUCAUGAAAAUCUAGGGAUCUAUGUGUGAUACAAGUACAAAGAACAUAAAAGUAGCAAAUGGAUUAUUUACACCCUUUCCUUCCUGCAGUCUUCCUCGGAUAGAGAAGUCUUUAGCUUAAGGGGUUAAACUCUUGAAAAGAAGAUAACUAUAUCUCAAUUGUACAUGUUUGAUCCAGAAUCUUUAAAUGUUGCCUUUAUUGUUUUUGACUUCCAAAAUUGUGGAUACUUAAUGAGAAUAUCUGAUAAUAUCCCCUAUAUAUUAUUUGAGAAGCAUUAUAACAUUUUUU